CUGAAAGUUUACAAAUAAUUACGAAUUUAAUAAAAAAGAAAACAAAAACAGUUGUUCAAUUUCAUUAUGAUAAACUACACAGUUUAGUUGUGAUAGUAAUAUAGCCAACGUAGAGUGUGUUCAACAAGAUAUUACUAGUGUAUAAAUACAAGGCCUCUCACUGCUGGAAGUUGUAACGAUGGAUCCAACUGGUUCCCUGAACAACGACGCUAUUGAAACAAUAGAAAAUGAAGAAGAAAUCUUGGAUGACUCCGAGGAAAGAGAGCUAGUGACCGACUCGUGUAGUACGAAGGUGCUGGACUGCCGGGAGCAGCCCCGCGACCGAUAUUGGAUCGUGUACAUUCUAUUCUAUUUAUUUGGUGUCUCUUCUCUCGUACCUUGGAACUUUUUAAUAACUGCUAACGAUUACUGGAUGUAUAAAUUUCGAGAUGUGAAUCCGAGCAACCUUACAAUGCUAGUGAGGAAGACACAGUUCCAAGCGGAGUUCACAUCAUACCUCAAUGUGGCCACAGCCAUUCCCAACUUGAUCUUCCUAGUAUUAAAUUCACUCUAUGGACAUUUAGUAUCAAUAAAGAGUAGACUACAAGGGUCACUCAUAGUGAUCAUGUUAUCGUUCCUGGUGACCACGGCCCUGGUGCAGGUGGACACAGACGACUGGCAGAAUGGAUUCUUCAUUGUUACCAUUGUGACUGUUGUGAUAAUGACUGCGGCGAGCGCGGUGUUCAUCGGCGGUCUGAUCGGCGUGGCGAGCAAGUUCUCUAAGGAGUACAUGGGCGCGGUGGUGAGCGGGCAGUCGCUGGGCGGCAUCAUGGCGGCGGUGGCGCAGAUCGUGUCGCUCGCCUUCAAGGUCUCGCCGCUGCACAGCGCGCUGGUGUACUUCAUCAUCGCGGACGUGGUGGUGGCCACCUCGCUGCUGUCCUACCUGGCGCUGCACCGCGUGGACUUCUUCACGCACCACGUGCUGCACGGCAGCAGCGGCGUCAGCAACCGCCACCGGGACGCCUCCCUGACCUCGGUGAUGAAGAAGAUAUGGGUGUACGCGUUCAGCAUGUUCAGCGUGUUCGCGGUGACGAUGGCGGUGUACCCGGCCGUCACCGUGCUGGUCGAGUCCCACCCCACCACCGCCGGCACAGACUGGAACAACAUAUUCUUCGUGCCGGUGGUGAACUACUUGAUCUUCAACUGCGGCGACUACUCCGGCCGCCUGGUCGCUGGCUUCCUUCUAAAGCCGUCUCGGGCGUGGGUGUCAGCCGUGGCGAGCGUGGCGAGGGUGGCGGGCGUGGCGAUGUUGAUGGUGUGCAACGCGCAGCCGCGCCGACACCUGCCCGUGCUGUUCCCCUGGGACUGGCAGUACAUCAUCAUCAUGAUCGUGUUCGCCUUCUCCAACGGAUACCUCACCAAUAUCAUCAUGAUCAACUCCACCAGGGAGGUGGAGGCGCACGAGCGGGAGAAGGCGUCCUCUGUGAUCGCCACCAUGCUGAGUGUGGGGCUCACGGCCGGGGCCGCCCUCGGGAUGCUGCUCGUGCGGCUGCUGUAGGCCACUCCACGUCAUAUUAAUAUACGCACUAUGAAAAAAAUAUAUAGAGAAAAAAGUUUGACAUUUGUGCUAAGACAGUAUUUUAUAGUAAAUGUAGUGCAUAUUAUAUAAAAAAAAUUAGGACGACAGAAAACAGGGCUCGCUACAUUUUUGGUAGACUUAUCAGUGUCUACGAAAAUGACGCUAUAUCACUUGCGCUACAAAAGUAGAUGCGUAAUUUAUGAUAUGAUAUAUUAAAAUUCUAUAAUAAAUGUGUACAGCCAGUACCUAUAUUAUAUAUAAUUUUAGUUUAGUUAGCACAGUUCGCUUCGGGUGCUUCUAGUAUUAUAAUUUGUACCUAUAUACCAGGGGUGGCCAUCCCACUUGAUUAGACUCAAGAUCUCCUGUUUACUAUUGAAACCAUAUCCGACCUACUAAUUACAUACUUAUUGAAAUGUUUCACUUAAUAAAACAGCAUAGUUCAGUAUACAAUCACGUAGUAUUUUUUUAUUUUAUGAAGAGAGAAAACAUCAAUGUGAAAUUUUUCUUAGUAACUAGUACUUAUUUUCGUUUAUAUUAGUGUGAGUUGCGUCUGAGCAUCUUCCACUGGUUUAGCAUAAUCAGGUUUGUAGUUGGAAAUUGCCAACGUUUUUUAGUCUGGUCUACGCAUUUAUAUUUUUAACCUUGCCACGAUCUACUGGACUAACAGUCGCGAUGGACCGGUCGAUCGCGAUCAACCUGUUGGCCACCCCUACUAUAUACCAAACGCUGCAAUUUCGCAGUUAAGUAACAAUACAAUUUGUAUCUAUAAUGUAAGUACACAAGAUGUAAGUACUCAUACAGGUAUAAAUAACGUAUAUAGAUAUUAAAAAAACACUGUAAUCUGAUAUCUUUGUGUGUGGUUCUUGCUAAGAUUGAAAACCAGUGAGAUUUCAGUCAGAAGUGAUAUGGCGUCUUAUUCAAUAACAGUAUCUUUCUAUCUAUCCAUCGUAUGAUGCAGAUGAAUGUCUAAAAUAUCUGUUUAUAUAAACCCUUUCCACUCCAAUGUCGAGUGUCACUCGACAUUGAUUUUGUUCCACCAGCUCCACUGUCGAGUGCCACUAGACUCUUAUUGCGGACAAUUUUAAAAAACGUAGGAUUAUUUACCAAAAUUUUUGAUGGAGCCAUCUCACACUUACUACGAAACGUGACAUCAGCGCUGAUUUCUACAACUGUCACCGUUUGCACUGUUCUAAUACGAAAAAUCCCCUAAAAGUUAAAAAACGCAAUUUUAGCGUGGUGGUGGAAUAAAAAGAAAAAAAGGCUUGGAGUGGAAAGGGUUCAGGAAUAUUGUAUAAUAAGUAUAUAAAACUUAUGACAAAAAUUAUAAUCCUAAGAGAUAACAAAUUUAAUACGCUUUGUGUGUAUAUGUAUAUAUAUGUGUGGGCUCCACAUAUUAAUAUUGUUUUGUCUAUUUUAAUAUAAUUAUUAAUUGUUUAAAUAUUAUUUAUUAUGAUAAUGACCACAAACAUUAGAUGACUUUAUUUACAAUUAACGAACGUACGAAGGCACUUGUUAAUUUAUUAAAUUUAAUUGUACACAUUCCAAUGUAUAAUUUAUAAGUUUAAUAUAAGACUAGUUUUUUAUUUUAAAUUGUAUAUUAUAAGGCUUCCAGUGUUUCUUAUUUAACAAAGAUCUGUAUAAAGAAUUCUAGUAAUAACAAAAUUAACAAUUUAUAUAACAUUUUAAACUUUUGUUGCAUACAUUCUUGCCAUCAAUCACAUUGUAGCAGUAAUAUGCAACUGUGAACAAACUGUAGAAUAAACACUUUAUGUAAAUAUUUACUCGUAAGUGAUUAAUCACGUACUUAAGUACGCACAUGAUGCAAGUGUCGCUGAUCUCAACUAGUGAUAAGGGAGCAUAACAUAUUUAUAGCAUUAGUUUUAAUUAUAUAAUGUAUUUACCAAAAAUACUAAUUUUAUCGUUGUCCAAGAAUUUAAAAGUAUUUUUUUAUUUUUAAUUUAAUUAUGGUAGGUUACUUAUAGCGAGGUCCGGAUGUGACAUGUAAUAUAAAUACAAACAAGUAUUUUUCAAUUAAUUUCUGUUGGAGUUCACAUAAUUUAGUUUUAAUAUAAUUCUGAGUUAAAUUCUGUCCGCGUCUCGUCCCGACCUCCCUACUCCGUGUACAGGGAAUACAUAUUUAGAGACAGAGCCGUAGCCUGUUCGCUGCAUACUAAGGUACCUACUUACGUAGAAUAAAGAGCAAAUAUAUAUCAUAAGUAUAUAAAAUACAGUUGACAAAAAUAACAUAAGCAACGCUGUAAUAAUUAUAUUACUAACACUGUCAUAAUACAAGUUGUAUUUUAAUGUGUUUAUGUUUUACAGUAGGUAAAAAAUAUAGGCACGGAUUGAUUCCUAACAAUUGUAAU